AAUUCUCUUGGUAAUGGAUUUGGUGGUACCUCCGUCUCUCCUUUUGUUUCAUUGCACCGCGCAUCCCGGGGUUGGUUCCUGAGGGUGGAUGCAGGCAUGGGGAGCAGCUCCGUGCCCCUGUCCUGAGCUGCUCCUCCACGGACAGGUCCCUGCAGCAGCAGAAUCGAGCUUCACGAUCUCACCGCCGCGUUCACAGCUUUGUCCUGGCAGCGUAUGCACUGGAGAUAGUGUGCAUUGUUAAUCUGGUUUUAUCUGGAAGUGACUUAUCUGCUGUUAGACAUCCUGUUUUUUUUCCUUGUUCUCACCGGCACCUCUGACCCGCCGCACGCGGCACAUGUUGAUAGUGAUUUUCUAAGAAUUCCCCCAAACACCACAUCUCUCUCACAGGCAAAGGAGUAUCUGUGCUUCUCACUGAAUGGUGUUGUUUCUGCCGCGUUGCUUAUCAGAUGGUUCUGCCUUCGCUUUCCUCCCAUCCUCUGAUACCGCGGGUGCCAAAGCAUUUGUCUGUGAUCAGUGCGGUGCGCAAUUCUCAAAAGAAGAUGCCCUGGAGACACACAGGCAGACACAUACUGGUACAGACAUGGCCGUCUUCUGCCUGCUCUGCGGCAAGCGCUUCCAGACACAGACUGCCCUGCAGCAGCACAUGGAGGUGCACGCCGGGGUGCGCAGCUACAUCUGCAGCGAGUGCAACCGCACCUUCCCCAGCCACACUGCCCUCAAGAGGCACCUGCGCUCCCACACAGGCGACCACCCCUACGAGUGCGAGUUCUGCGGCAGCUGCUUCCGGGACGAGAGCACGCUGAAGGGCCACAAGCGCAUCCACACCGGGGAGAAGCCCUACGAGUGCAACGGCUGCGGCAAGAAGUUCAGCCUGAAGCACCAGCUGGAAACCCACUACCGCGUGCACACGGGUGAGAAGCCCUUUGAGUGCAAGCUGUGCCACCAGCGCUCCCGGGAUUACUCGGCCAUGAUCAAACACCUUCGGACCCACAACGGCGCUUCCCCGUACCAGUGCACCAUCUGCCUGGAGUACUGCCCCAGCCUCUCCACCAUGCAGAAGCACAUGAAGGGCCACAAGCCGGAGGAGAUCCCCACCGACUGGAGGAUAGAGAAGACCUAUCUCUACCUCUGCUACGUCUGAGGGACAUGGAGGGGACGCGGGGCUGAGUCAUGGAGGACUGGGCAAAAAAAAAAAAAAUGCAUCGUCCAUGGCCUUUUGUUUCCAUUUUUCCUUUGUCGCUGUUGCUGGAAGGAUCCCUCGCUGGGGUUGAGGAUGGGGAGGUGUGGGUGUGUGGAGCUCGCUGUGCUCACAGCUUGGGGGGCAUGUGCUGGGAGCACCAUGGGGGCUGCGAUCCGCCCUUCCCACCCAUGGCCUCUUCCCCUCCUCAGCCCCUUGGCACCCUAUGGGGUGCGUGUCCCCUGACCCUGCUCCCAUCACCGCCGCCAACCAGCAGCCAUCCCACCCUGUGGAGGUGGCACCGGCUCGAUUGUGCGCGAACAGCGUGGUUCGUACCUCACCCCAACACUGUGUGUGUGAGCGAUUUGGGAAGGCUUUAAUUUCUUUUUCUCCCCUCUAUCACCAUCAGUGACCCCUUUGGAGGAGCUGUUGCGGACCCCUCUGUGCGAGGCGGUGACUCUUGGGCUCAGCCCCGUGUUCAGCGAGGGAUCAGCACCCGCAGGUGGGACAGCGCCCAGGGCCACGUGCACCCAAUGGGCCCUACUGGGAGGUGCUGGGGCUGAACACGGGGUGCUGCUGGCGUGCUCCCACAGCUUUGGCAAAAAUCCGGAGUGAAGACCUCCAGUCCGUUGGGGCUGAGUGAGGCUGCAACCCUCCUCCUAACCAAAGACCUUUCUAUGCAUUUCUUUUUCCUUUUCUUCUUAUUUGGGAGGGGAAGAUGAAGCCUUCAGUGGGAAGAUGAAGCUGGGGGCUGCGCGCUGCUCCCUGUCCCCAUUGGAGCUGCAGCUCCUGUCCCACAGUGCCCCCAGCCCUGGGUGAGCUGCAGCGAUGCUGGGCUGGGAGACGCUCUUUUUUUUCCUUUGUGUUUUUAGGUUCUUGGAACGUGCCAACACUUUUUUUUUUUUGCCCAGCCCUCAACUCCCGGAGUCUGUGGAGGAGUGGAUGGUAUCAAAUGGCUUUGCUCUGUGUUUUGGUUUGGGUUUUGUUGUUGUUUUUUUUUUUUGCUUUUGGUUUGUUUUCAAAAGUUUUUGACUCUUUCUGUGUUUAGCACAUUUUACUUGAAAUUACCUCGUUUUUUUGUGACCUCAUGAGCUUUUAUUGAUUUUUGUGGGGGGGGAGGGGGCGGGGGGUGGUGGUGUUGAAGUGAUGGGGCCGGGUGAGGGCCACGCUGGGGCUGGUGACGUGGAGAUGCCAGGGAGGGGAUCGCACACCAGGCCCCGUCGGCCACCUCUCGUGCAUUAUCCUUUACCAAAAUGGUAUUUUUUGGAGCAGCCUGACAGAGCCUGGCUCGCCGGUUCGGAAAGCUACCUCUUGUGUUCGUUUUUGUUGUGUUCUGAUUUUUUUUUUUUUGCAGUGACAGAAGCACAGUUUGCAAUAUUUGUGUUUGCUUUGUGAUGCCAUUUGGGUUUUCAUCUCAUGCUUUACUUGCAAUGGUGUAUUAUUUUGUAAUUUAGCUGCGUUUGUAUUAAAUUGGGGAAGGGGGGGGAGGGAAGAGUUAGGGAAAGGUUUUGUAGAUGGGAGUAAAGGGAAGAGAGCAGGGUGUCUGUACUGCUGUCCCCUGUCCCCUUGCUCCCUCACUGUCGGAAACGUGAAGGCCUUAAUCUGGGGAAUUCGCUGCCGUGUGACAGCGUGGCGGGGCAGGGCGCAGCUCGGUGAUGCGUCGGUGCUGCGGGGAGGGGAGUGUGAAACUUGAAUAGGAGAGCGGAGCAGUUGAGCGCCGUCCAUAAUGUGAAAUCCCGGGGUGCACUGUGGGGUUGGCACUGAUGCCACAAGGUUUGGGGUGCUGUGCAGCUCCAUCUGAGCACCGCACGGGGUGGGUUUGCAAUCGUUCAUCUGCCGAGCAUCGCCCUCUGGCCGUGUGCAGGGCUUGCUGGGGGGUGUUCAUGGGGGCAGGGGGCUGUAGUGGGGGCCCUGAGCCAUGGUGGUGCUGCUGGGGGGGGUCCGUCCAUGCAGAGCACCCUGCAGCGCUGCCCCAUGUGUGCCUGCAAGUGGUGGCACCUUGGCUGCUCCGCGCCGAGGAGGAGAAGCGGGGCGGAUGCUGAUGUAGUACAAUCCAGGAUGUAACUUUGGAGAAUGGCUUGUUUAAUCUUUGUGCCUAAAAAGAAAAACAUACACACACGCGCGUGCACACACACACACACACACACACAAAACCAACAACAACAAAACAACAACGCACCAGUUCUUUCACACAAACAGUUGCUGCAAUUUCUCACAAGUAUAUGGUACCUUUCUGCAGUGAAUUGGUACUGCCAGUCGUGGGUGUCAUGGUACUGCUGAGCGCUCAGCUGAGCUCACGUGGCUUUUGUUGCUUUAAUGUUCCCUCCCCUCUCAUUGUCCCCUUCCUCCCUUAACGCAGACAUCGGCAUCGUUUGGCUUCAGAGCUCAGCACGGUGCAGAGUAGGAGUUGUGAUUCCCAUUGGCUCCCAAACAGCAUGAGCAGAGCCAUUGGAAGGCUGUGUCUGAUGAUGGGUUGCCCAGCUAGAGGGUGAUGUGGUGGCCAGCUGCCCUCUGCAGUGCUCAUGGAGAGCACCUGGCCUGUGCCAUGCCAUGCUGAGCCAUGUGCCAUACCAUGCCGGCGUGUCCCCAUGUUGGGCAGUGCAGCACAGCACCGUGCCUCUCCCACGCCCAGUACCAGUGUUUGAGUGCACAUCCUAGUAUUUGUUUCACAUAGUGUUACGUAUGCAUGAACUUCUAAGGCUGCGAAGCCAUGGUAAAGCUCCAUGACACCUAUCCAUAUAUAUAUAAGUAUAUAUAUGUAUAUUAUAGCACUGAGGACCAACUGCCCUGCUGGACCAAGCAAACUAAGGCUUUCUUUCAUCGCUUGUCUUUUAUGUCGUGACAGCCCAAGUGCCAGUCUGAUUGCUCUGUAUUAAAACUAGUGUUUUGAAUUAAUUGAUGUUAUAGUUCCGUCUACCUCAGCACCUCCUGGUAGCCUCAUUUUAGAAGGUGCCCAAUUUUUUGUUUUUGUUUCUUCAGAGUAUGGUUCCUAUUUUUUUUGUACACCUCUGUUUGUUUCCUCGCUGUUUGUUCCUUUGCAGUACUGCUUGCGAGUCCUAUCUGUUCUCUAGCCACAGAUGCAGUUAGCUAAAAUUUCCUGAAAAAUGAAUAAAAAAAAAAAGUCCCGAGUUGUGGUGUCUCCUAGUUGCAGCUCUCCGCAUCUGCCUUCAUUCUGUGUAGAUUCAGAUGCAUUUCUUUGUAAAACUUCAGUGUUUCUGACAGAGGAAAAAAAAAAAAAAGGAAAAAAAAAAAAGAAGAAUAUACUGCUGCAGGUUUUUUUCUCUCCAUGUGUCACUAAGUGAAGUUCGUGCCUUCUAUAGCAAAGAGAAUAUUUUUUACAUCCUACUAACAGUAGAUUUUUUUGUAGUGGACAUUUUUUGUAUUUUUAUUUAUAAGUCUCAUAAGGAAAAUAGCAAUGUUCAGUUGUAUACCUUGAAUCUGCAGUUAGAAGAAACAAUAAAGUUAAUUCAGUUGUCUCA